AUGCUCCAGCAAACUGUGAGGGAGCUGCAACACCAGGCAGAGAGACAUGACCGCCGCUUUCCUGCACUGGAAGACAUGUGGUGCAGUACCAAAGUUAAGGUACGAGGUGUUAGGAAGGAUAUCCUGGCAAAGGAACUACCACACCUGUUAAGGCGCCUAUUCCAAACACUACUCCCUCAGAGACAAGGGAAAAUAGUGGGGCUGGAAGGAUUCUUCCACGUGCCCGAAGCAUCUAGGGUCCCAGCCGCAGCACCCAUGGACCUUGUGGUUCGCUUUCAGAAUAUGAAAGAAAAAGCCACAGUCAUGGCAGCCACUAAAGACCACACUCCCUACGAAUUCGAUUCCAUGUCACUCAUAUUCUUCCAAGACCUCUCAGGAAGUACCCUAGCAUGGCAAAAGUUGCUACUACCCUUCACUUUCCUCCUCAGAUGA